AUGGGGAACAAACAGACCAUUUUCACACCACAGCAGCUGGACGCAUACCAGUACUGUACAUAUUUCACCAGAAAAGAAAUAUUAAGGCUGUUCCACAGAUACCGUGAUUUGGCCCCGCAUCUCGUUCCGCUCGACUACACCGAUCAGCCAGAUGUGCGCGUGCCUUACGAGUUUAUUGGCAGCAUGCCGGAGCUGAAGGAUAACCCUUUUAAACAAAGGAUCGCUGAGGUCUUUUCUGAAGAUGGAGAAGGAAAUAUGACCUUGGAUGACUUCUUGGACAUGUUCUCGGUACUGAGUGAAAUGGCACCAAGGGACCUAAAAGCUUAUUAUGCCUUUAAAAUCUAUGACUUUAACGACGACGACUUCAUUUGCAAGUCAGACCUGGAGAAAACCCUGAACAAGCUGACGCGGAACGAGCUGUCAAAGGCCGAGGUAGAUUUGGUGUGCAAAAAGGUGCUCAACGAAGCCGACAUGGACAACAACGGCCGUCUGUCGCUGGAGGACUUCCAGAAUAUGAUCGCCAAGGCUCCUGAAUUCCUCAGCACAUUCCACAUCAGAAUAUGAGAUGCCGUAAGUCUGGAGGACCAGAUGGAACAUAGGACAAAAACCAUCUUUGACGGGAUAAAUAUAAAGACCACAAGGGAUUCAAGAAAAUGAUGUCAGCAUGAUGAGACUGGAGGAAGUCGUGCGCGCCCAGUCUUCAUAAAAACUAACUGUAAAACUUUAUUCCCAGAAACUUUUUUUUUUUUUACAGCAACAUUAAUUUCAGUGUCAGCUAAUCAGCACUGAAGUACAUUGAACCAGAUUUUGUACCUUUUUAAUCUACACUUCAUAUGGUGUACAUGUCCUUUUUCUUUUUGGAUGAGUCAUUGUUACUGAGAAUGUCAAUGUCAGUACU